CACAGACUGGCUCUGUCUGUACAGCAACGCACAGAGUGUGGCUAUCCAACUCGGCUAGAUGAUGAAGUAAGUGGUAGCAGCAGCAGCAGCAGGUUUAGGAAGCAAAAGGAAAGGAAAGAGACACACACCCGAAUCAAAAGACUGGGUGAUGUUAAAACUUGGAGAGAUCCUUUUUGUGCCGAGCAGGCAGAAGUGAAGUGAAGAAGCAGAGGAGUUUUUGUGCCUGCUGGUGAUCUCGCUGGCCAACAGAUGACCGACUUCUAAAAAGUCCAUCGGUGCUGUCCUGGCAGUUUUUCAGCUCGAGGCUUCGUGCAUCAUGGCUGUUUCACCACCCUCCUCCAAACUCCUGAUCUUACUCAUCAUUUCCUCCCUGGACUGGGUUUCCACUCCAGGAUCAGCGUUUAUCACGGACUGGGACCACAUGACAUCAUCAGUUCCCCUUGAACCUCAUUUCACAGAGUGCAGAUCAAGGGACCAGAAGACAUUCCGCUGUUGGUGGAGUCCAGGCAAGUUCCAAAACCUGUCCCACCCUGGAGCACUGAGAGUCUUCUACCUCAAAAAAGAGCCUCACCACCAUCUAUACCCAGAGAACUCUUCCACUGAAUGGAAAGAGUGUCCAGAGUAUGUCCUUUCAAAUAGGGAGUGCUUCUUUGAUGUCCACCACACAUCUAUUUGGAUCCCCUAUUGCGUGCAGCUGCGCAGUCACGACAACACCACCUAUUUUGAUGAGAACUGUUUCACCGUGGAGAACAUUGUACGUCCUGACCCCCCAGUGUCUCUAAACUGGACCCUACUGAACAUAAGUCCCUCUGGGCUAAGUUAUGAUGUCAUGGCCAACUGGGAGCCGCCACCCUCUGCAGAUGUCAGAGAUGGCUGGAUGCGCAUUGAGUAUGAAAUCCAGUACAGAGAGAGAAAUUCCACAAACUGGGAAGCAUUGGAGAUGCAGCCGCACACCCAGCAGACAAUCUAUGGUCUACACAAAGGAAAAGAGUACGAAGUGCACAUCCGCUGCAGGAUGUACGCCUUCAUUAAGUUUGGAGAGUUUAGUGACUCCAUCUUCAUUCAAGUGACUGAGAUUCCCAGUAAAGAGCCUGCUUUUCCACUCACACUGGUAGUUGUUUUCGGGAUUGUGGGCAUCCUCAUACUCAGUAUGCUGAUUGUAAUCUCUCAGCAGCAAAGAUUAAUGAUGAUUCUAUUGCCACCAGUUCCUGCACCCAAAAUUAAAGGCAUUGAUCCAGAGUUGUUAAAGAAGGGAAAGCUGGAGGAGCUGAAUUUUAUCCUGACUGGUGGAGGUAUGGGUGGCUUGCCCACUUACGCACCAGAUUUCUACCAAGAUGAGUCAUGGGUGGAGUUCAUCGAGGUGGAUGCAGAGGAUCCAGACUCUGGUGAAAAGGAGGACAACCAGGGCUCAGACACACAGAGGCUCCUGGGUGUGUCCCAGCCUGUCAGCCACCAUAUGCAGAUAGGGUGCUCCAAUGCCAUCAGCUUUCCUGACAAUGACUCAGGUCGGGCCAGCUGUUAUGACCCAGAUAUGCCAGACCAGGACACCCUAAUGCUGAUGACCACCCUACUGCCAGGCCAACCUGAGGAUAGAGAAGCCUCCCUCAAUGUUGCAGAAAGACCUAUGGCCUCAGAGAGAGGUGAGAGGCCCCUCAUCCACACCCAAACCGGAGGGCCCCAGACUUGGAUCAACACAGACUUCUAUGCCCAGGUCAGCAAUGUUAUGCCCUCUGGAGGCGUUGUGCUGUCUCCUGGGCAGCAACUCAGAAUCCAGGAGAACACCUCAACCACAGAGGAGGAAACACAGAAGACAGGAAAAGAGAGAAAAGGCAAAGAGGAGACUGAUGAAAAGAAGCAGAAGGAGCAGCAGUUUCAGCUGCUGGUAGUUGAUCCCGAGGGAAGCGGUUACACCACAGAGAGCAAUGCCCGGCAGAUCAGCACUCCUCCUAGCUCCUCCAUGCCUGACAAGGGCUAUCACACCAUAGAACCUCAGCCAGUGGAGACCAACCCCGCAGCCACAGCAGAGGAUAAUCAAUCACCCUACAUUCUUCCUGACUCUCCCCAGUCCCAGUUCUUUGCCCCUGUUGCAGACUACACAGUGGUACAAGAGGUGGACGGUCAGCACAGUCUGCUGCUCAACCCACCUCCCAUCCAGUCUCCCCCUCCCUGCCUGCCUCAGCAUCCCCUCAAAGCCCUACCUGCUAUGCCUGUAGGAUACAUCACCCCAGACCUGCUGGGGAACCUCUCACCAUGAAGUGACAAUGCCAUUAGGCCCUUAGGUGUAAGGUUGAUUGUCCAGGAAGUCCCCCUGCAGUCACAAAGCCUGUGCCUACCUGAUUCCUUGCUGGAAACCAAAUAACUUGCAGCACACAGUAUGGUUAAGAAUGUGCAGGUGUUUUGUUUUCAGAGGGUGCUGAAAAAGACAUGUGAAAAGCUGCAAGCUGUAUCGCUGACUGUUUUACAUCUGCAAUUACAUCAGUUAAUUUGAUGCAGACGUAGCCAAAAGUAUACAUCACAAACCAAAUGCACAGUUAGUUCUUUUUUUUCAUGCACAAGACAGACAAGGAUAAUAGGCUGAGACUAUGAUUAUAAUGAGUCAAUACGCAUCAGCUUGCUGCUAACCUGCCUUGGAUCUCAUUACAUCUCUGGCUAACUGUGUUUUAGGGCAAUGACAGUGUUAAAGUCUUAAUUUUACAGAGAGAUGUCAGUGUAUGUCAAUUGGUAGAAAACAAGCACAUUGUAGUCAUGUUUUUACUCUGCAUUUGUUGAUUCCUCUUGCUGGCAGAGGUUUUCCAUCAAUUAAUUGUCACCUAAAAAUGCUUGGUGACUUGUUUUGUAUUCUUAAACUUCUUAGCUCAUCAUGUCAUCAGUAUUUCACAAAAAAUAUAUUUUUAUAUGAAAGAUAUUAGCUAUCCACCCUAAUACACUGCUAAAACACAGCUAUGCAGAUUCACCUUGCAUUCCUGGCUUCAUUUUGUUCAGUGGUAUACUUUUCAUAUUCUCAUGAAGAAGUGGCCAGAGAGAUUAUAUGAUGUCAAGACAUUUUGCUCCACAGCUGCAAUAGAGUUUAACACAAGAAAUACUUUGAACAACACAGUUGCGCACACACUGACAUACAAAUACAUUAACAACAAAGCAGUACCAGAAGAGUCCUUAUAUAUAAUUUUGUUAUUUUAUCUCUUUCACUCCUUGGGAAUGUUGACAGGCAUUCAAAGAUAUGAAAGAAAUCCCUAACUGAAGUAGAAGCACAGGAGACAAAGGGAAAUUGCAACGCAAUCUGGAAUGCAUAGAACAUUGCAGGCUGAUUAUGCAUACAAGAGUGUCCCAGAAUUUUUCUUUAACCUGGGUUUAUUUAUUUUUUAUUUUUUACAUGCAUAUCAAGAACCUACAGCGCUGAGCAGCUCUAGCAGUAAGGGGAAGAUCUCUUCCUGAUUCAUUUACAGCUAGGAGCUGCUCAGUGCAAACUGUGCAGUAAAGCACCAUUAAGUGCCUUGCUCAUGGGCACAUUAGAGUACAUAUUUAGCAGAAGGGAAGAGGACACAGACACACAGCUGGCACUUCAGUAAAACCAGGUAUUGCAUCACAUCUUGUAACAGCAACCAAGUCUCACCUUUACAACCAGCACUCACUCAUAAUCUAUCACUUAGACUUAAACUUUAAUUUGUAGGCUUGGGAGUUGUAUUUGUCUCAUGUUGCAUUUUUAUUGCAGCGACAGCAACUGGAAUAAGUUGAAAGAAUGUGAAAGUGUGUAAUAGCUGUAAUUAGCAAACAUUUUAUACUUAUUGUCUGCCAAGUACACAGUGUUAACAAGAUGUGCCUAUGAUUGUGUUAUUGGCUUGCCAUUUCUGUGCUAAUCUAUGUUUACAUUAUUAGGAUUUGUGCAUUUAUGCAUUGCUAUGUACAGGCAAAUACUGCUAUGUAUAGGUGAAUUGGUAUAAAGCUCCUCAGUGCAGAGAACACAUAUUAUGUAUAAUAUGCAUAAUAUGCAUAUACACACAACUACAGAAAAAAAAAACUUGUUUUAACUGAUAUUAAAUUUUACCUUCCUAACAUAGCCAAAAAAGUGAUUAGCUGAAGAUUACCUAAAGCUGCAAGGUUAAACAUUUUCUGAGGCCACUAAACCAUAACUUGCACAUUAUUGACCAUGACCAUAAAAACUGACCAUAAUUUACAACCCCCGAAUUUUCUACUGUCAGCGCUAGUACUGACCUCGAGGUCCAAAUUGUGGUAUGUCAGGGUGGAUAGAUAUUAAAAAGUUUCUCUCAAACCUGAGUCGCAUGUGAUACCUAGUUACUUUGUCCCAGUACAUUUCAUAGAAUACCUGAAUUUAGGACAUUAUUUCAGCAUAAUAUGUUACAUAAUGAAUUAUUUUCACACAUUUACCAUAUAUUGUAAGCUUGGCCUUAGUUAAUUGAAAGUGUAAGCUUUAAUAAUGGCCUGUGGGUGAGAAGAUGGCAGAGGAGACUUCUUGUUAUGGUUUUAUGCUCCUCAUAUUUUUUCAUCCUAUAAAAUAUCACAAAGACAACAUGCCUGUGACAAACAGAACCAUGGCAUACAAUAAGCUAUCCAAGCUAAGGCUAAUUGAGGUUGUGCAUUAUGCAUGCAUUGUGAUACAAAACAUUUAAUUUUCAUUUCAACAAGUCUGUGAUUGAGUCAUAAGAAUUGUUAUUGUAUAGCAUAAAGGUAGCCUUCAAAUGAGCACAUCUCAUCAUAAAAAUACUUUAUAUUGUAAAGGAAAUACAUCCUGCCUCUGUAUUAUGUUGUUUGGACUUGUUCUUGAGAUAAGCAGGCUGAAAAAGAUAUAAAGGAUCUUUUGUACCAGACAAUCCUGAAUGAAGAGAGACAAAGAAAGAGCCAUAAAAAUGUGAAUAUGAUGAAUAUGUGCCAUUUCUCUCUUUCUGUAUCUCUCCUUCUCUUGAAAAGCUCGGUGUGUUUUUGUUGCUGCCUAGUGCUGAUGAUACCAGCAAGUCAAUGCUAUUGCAGAAAUGUCUUAAUAUAUUUACUAGUGCUGUAAAAUUACAAGUAUAUAUUUUUAUGUAAUUAAUGUUACUAAUCACAAUAUACUGCUGCUCGGUACAUGUAUUUUUCCUGCAUUCAGCCUUACUGUGGUGAGGAAGGGUCCUUCAAGAGAGUGCAACGAUCACUGUAUUGUGUAUAAGGGUAAUGUUUGUUGGUAAAACCUGCAAAAUGGAUGAAACUGAUACCUGAAAAAUGGUCUUUGUUAAACUGGAGGAUUUGGCACAGUAAUCAGUUCAGCUACGAAUAGAAACACUAGGAUAGUUUUUCCUUAAACUAGAGAUGCAAUACAGUCGACUGAUGAUCCCCAUGUAACUUUCACACCCAUUCAAAGAUCCCCAGAAGCUUCUCCGUGUAUAUGAAGGAAGAUAGGAUGGGAAAAACACUGUUAAGUUUCUGUUUCAGUUGUACCAUGGUGAUUGUGAAUGUGUGCAAACUGGAAUAUACAUGGAAUUAUGAUAUUGAGGAAACAUUUUAUUUAAAAAAAAGAAGUGUUUUUAAGGUUACAGUGACGAAGAAAAAUUAGGAGGUGCUUUUGUUCAAGCUUACAGGUGUUUACUUCAUUGUGUCUGCAAUGUUUGUUUUUUUUGUUUUGUUUUAUUUUGGAGUUUUUUUUGUUUCACAAUGAAUUCAUUUUUAAUGUAGUAUUAAAGUUUGCAACUGUAUUAAUGUUACAGACACUUCAGAGCAAGCACUUUGUACACACAGACACACACACACACACACACAGUCACACACACACGCACACAUAUAUAUAGUUUAUAAGAUGUUUAAAUAGUGUUCAGAUUUUGUAUCUCAGACUAAAUCAAGUCUAUGAAUGACCUGUUAUAAAACAGUAUAUGUGUUUUUUUUUAUUCAGCACAAUAAUCGGACGAUGAGGAAACAUCAAUAUCAAUAAGCUUCAAUUUUGUUCUACAGAGUUUAUGUUUAUAGGAUGUAUUUUACACUACCAGAUUGAUAGAAUGAUGUACUGUAAUGGAGUAUUUAAUAUUUGCUAGAAGAUUUAUGGAUAGGAAGAGCAGAUAGAUGUAGUCUAUUAUGGAGUCAUAUAAAGAUAUAGUCAGAGUGAAGUAGUUAUACUGUAAAUAUACAUUCUUACAUUUCUCCAGCUAUGUGAUUUCAACAUUUCUUUAUUGAAAAGUGUAUUGAAAGGGGCUAAAAAUGUAUAAUUUGGUGUUUUAGCCUCCAGCUUCUUGGUUUUGCGUCAGCGCAAGAGAGGCUUUUGUCACUUUUUAAGUCUGGAAAUAAUCUUGAGUGCUGGAAUUUGUGCUGGUUGUGACUCUCUAUCAACAAAGAGUUUUCAGCCAGACAUUUUUGGCUUUUUGGGAAAAUAGUUUUAUUCUUGCCUUGAGUACUGCGGUUACAGCCUGUUUUUUAUGACAAAGUUCAGUGGCUCCAAUCUAUAUUUCUAUCUGUGUGUAAUUUAUUUCUCUGCUCAGAGUCCUCAGACCACCCCACCACCAUAUCUGACCGCAUUGGAAGGGGCAGCAUGAGUAAUGUGUGCGCUGUUAUUCUCUGACAUGUGUCAUUCAGACUCAUAAAACUGGAAAUAUUCCACAUGUGCAGCUGUUUGUACACGUGCAAACGGCUGCAUUGCGGUCACAAGUUUGACAAGCUCAGCUUCAUAAUUUAUCACAAUGCAUUGGUAUCAUGAAUUAAUAUGAUCUUGUAUCAAGUUUUCCUGAACACCCCCUCUUAUCUUAUAUCUUCUGUCGCGGAACCACUGUCCUAGUCUGUUGGCUGCUGUUCUGCUCAAGACCAAGAACUGUUGUAAUUUUUGAUUAUUUGAUAUUGUUCCCUUCCCAUUUAAGCCUUUCUGGUGUUGUAUGUGUGAUCAAUAAGCUUUCAACAAGUUACACAAUAAAUGUAUACAGCAUCUUAA